AUGAUUAAGCGUUUCUCAGACGAUAAAGACGUGCGCGUUGUAGUCGGUAUCGAUUUUGGAACAACGUUUUCGGGAUUUUCGUACGGUCAUGUUGACCGGCCGAGAGAAGUUGAAGUCUAUAAUUUGUGGCCUCAUGGAUCCAUUAGUAAGUCCAUCGGAUGGAAAAUCCCAACAGUAUUGGCAUAUACCGAAGAUUUGAAGGUUGCGCAUAUUGGCAAUGAAGUCAGUAUUGCGGAAGGCCCAAUCGACAAUUGCGAUGAGGGAAGAUAUUAUUUCGUAGAUCGUUUCAAAAUGAGCCUCUUUAACGUCGAAGAUGCAGACAAGCCUAGCCUAGUUGGCGGAAUUAAACCCAAGAAGGCUAUCAAAGAUUACCUCAUUUAUAUGAAAAAUCACAUUAAAGCCCAUAUCGAUCGACGAUGGCCAGACGUCGAUUAUCCGAAACAAGUUUAUUUCGUGUUCACCCUCCCAAUUGGGUGGAAACAGGAACAGAAAAAUUUUAUGCUUAGACGUGCUAUAAAAGCGGGACUGUUCGACGCAGACUGUAAAGAGAACGUGGCUUUUAUAGAUGAGCCCGAGGCGGCUGCCAUCGAUUGUUUUCCGUUAAUGGAUAAACACGGCCUUAAAAGUGGGGAAAAAUUCAUGAUAGUUGACUGCGGAGGUGGAACGGUCGAUUUAACGACGCGGAAAUUAUUGGCGAACAAGAAAAUAGAUGAACAUACAGAAUCUUCGUUUAACAGAUGGGGAGGCAUUACAGUCGACAAUGAGUUUGUCAAAGUUCUGGCCGACAAACUAGGGAUUGAGCGUGAAAAAAUGGAAGAGUUACGCAAAACAUACUAUGGCGAAUUUAUUGGGUUGAUCGAAAACAGAUUCGGUCCCAUAAAAUCCGAGUUUCUUGGUAAAGAGGAACUGUACACGGAUCAAAAAGUGCAAAUCACGGAAACCUACGAGUUCUUGAAGGAAGAAGUAAAAGAUACAGAUACACGAAAGGAAUUGGAAGACAAGGGCUGGAUACUCGUCUUUACGUACGCGGAUGUUCACGCCAUGUUUGAACCAUCAAUCAAAGGAAUACUAAAGUCUAUAAAUAAACAACUGGAGGCUGCAGGAUCAUGUUCUGCUAUUUUUCUGGUCGGCGGCUAUAGUUCAUCUCCACACCUUAUACAACGUGUUAAAAAUAAAUUCAAAGGCCAAGUAGAAAUAAUUGAUAGACCUUCUAACCCAGUCACAGCAGUCGUUAGAGGAUCAGCUUUAUACGGCCUUAGCAUCGACCAUGACGUCAACUCGGAUGCUUACGGGGCAAGUAAGGUCAUAGAGUCGCGCGUUCUCAGAUACACUUACGGUACCGACAUGGAAGUUCGUCGUGCCGACAGUAAUCGUAAGGUUCUAAAGUUUUCAAGGUUGGCAAGACGGGGAGACUCUGUGAAACAAGACCAAAAGGUCCGCCAAAUUUAUUGCCCGUCUCAUCCCCGUCAAACCAAGAUGAGUUUAAGUAUAUACGCUUCAAAAGAUUAUAAUCCAGAGUAUAUAGAAAGCGCGAGUGUCCGCAAGAUACAAGAUUGGACGAUCGAUUUGCCGGAUAGAUAUUUAGGCAGAAACAGACCGGUGGAAUUGUCUUUGGAGUUUGGCAACUUUGAAACGACAAUUACCGCACGCAGCAAAGUCACGGGCGAACUAUUGAAAACAAUCGAAGAUAGUGAUUGGAUGAACGAAACUUUGGAUAGUUAA